UGUGUGUGUGUGUGUGUGUUCAGUGUGUGCAGGAUGUGGUGUAGCAGAGUAGCGGUCCAGCGGCUUGCGCCCGGGAUCAGAGCCAUGGCCACGUUGCCGCGCGUGUACGUCUCGCGUAAAGUGCCGCCGCAGGGACUGGACAUCCUGCGUAAAUCUGGACGAGUGCAGGUGGAGCUGUGGGACUCGGAUGACCCCGUCCCGCGACAGGAGCUGCUGAAGAAGGUGAAAGGUUGCGAUGGUCUGCUCUGCGUCCUGACCGAGAAGAUCGACGCGGAACUGCUGGACGCUGCAGGUCCGAACCUGAAGGUGGUCAGCACCAUGUCGGUGGGGUUCGAUCAUCUUUCACUGGACCAGCUAAAGAAAAGGGGAAUCCGUGUAGGUUACACUCCAGAAGUGUUGACUGAUGCAGUGGCAGAGCUGACUGUUGCUCUUCUCCUCUCUACAUCACGCAGACUGAUCGAGGCUACGCAUGAAGCUAAAACUGGUGGCUGGGGAACAUGGAGGACUCUGUGGUUGUGUGGUUACGAGUUGGCCAACAGUACAGUCGGCAUCCUUGGACUCGGAAGGAUCGGAGUGGCCAUCGCUGAGCGUCUGAAGCCCUUUAAGGUGAAAAAAUUCAUUUACACAGACGUGGUGCCGAGACCGGAGCUGGCAGAGGGCAUCCAGGCGGAAUUCGUGUCCAUGGAUGAAUUGGCCAGACAGUCUGAUUUCCUGGCGGUGUGCUGCGCUCUGACUCCAGACACUCAGGGCAUCUGUAAUAAGAAGCUUUUCAGCAAGAUGAAGGAGACGGCCAUUUUCAUCAACACCAGCAGAGGAGGUGUGGUGAACCAGGAGGACCUUUAUGAAGCGUUAUCUUCAGGUCAGAUUGCUGGAGCUGGACUGGACGUCACCACGCCAGAACCCUUACCCACUAACCACCCGCUCUACACACUGAAAAACUGUGUGAUCCUACCACACAUCGCCAGUGCCUCCUACACUACCCGUAACGCCAUGUCUGCUCUCGCCGCCAACAACCUGCUCGCAGGACUCAGAGGAGAACCCAUGCCCAAGGAGCUUCAGCUCUAGAACCUGAUUGAGAACCUGCUCAUUAGAACUGUUGAGAAAUGAAUAAACUGAUGAUCUGUACUGUGAAA